AUAACCUCUUCGAACAUAUUAUUAUUGCAUUAAGUUUUCUCGCUUCGCAGCAGACUGUCAAAAAACACUCUUUUUCGCUUGUAAAGAAUUGUUUAUCCUGGAAUAAAUUGUUUGUAAAACGAAUCUUAUUCAACGUACCGGUAUUUUAAAAAAGUGCAUUAAAAAACUAGAAAAACUUUAAGAUCGUUCAUCAUCCAUCACAUAAUAGGUAGUUGUCGGUUAAACUUCAAUUAUGUCUUCUUUAUAAAUUUGCAAAAUCAUUAAAAUAAUUGUGUCUCUGUUUCCUUAUAUUUUUCAAAAUUUUACGGAACUAAAACCAACAAAUAAAAGAAUGGAUCAAGAGGAAGACCGACAUUUUAAAUUAUCAAAUGCAGAGACGCAAGAGUCUCGAACACCCGCCCCACCGGGAUUUUCACAGCCAUCGCCCGAGCAGCGCACCGUAGAAGCCCAAACCUCCUCAGUUCUAACAGGCGGACCGCAAACAUCUUCAACGGGAGAUACCGGAUUAAUAAUCGAUAAGUGUCCAUGCAGCGUGAUGAAAAUGAAAAAAUUUUCCAUGAAGAGAUUAAGACCAAACGGCCCAUGCGGCCGUUGCAAGAACACGCAGCGAUGUGAAAGCGACGACGUCAGUUAAGAUGCUCGAAAAAAAAAGCAUUGCUUCUAAGAAACUCAUGUCUCACAUUUACUACAAAUGUUGUAGCCAAUCGGCAUUAAAAUGAAACACAAACUUAAAAAAGGAAGAAAUUAAAAAUUUUUCGUCUUCGCAAGUGAAGAAAGUUGUAAAAAAAGUUCUGUUAUCAUGAAGGUAAGGUUUUUGUUAAGCACACCCACUCCAGAGGCCACACAAAGAAAAAAUUAACUUAAAAUAGAUCAAAAAAAUUAUUACAUGCCUAGUGCUCGUCUGUUACAGAUACGCUGCUCGUUCAUGGUCUGCUC